AUGUCGGGGGCUGGAAAUAGGGAACAGGUUUUCCCCACGCGGAUGACUCUCGGGGUCAUGAAAGGCAAGUUAAAGGGCGCACAGCAAGGACACUCACUCUUAAAAAGAAAAUCGGAAGCAUUGACAAAAAGAUUCAGAGAUAUAACCCAGAAGAUUGACGAUGCUAAAAGAAAAAUGGGCCGAGUUAUGCAGACUGCUGCGUUUUCUCUUGCAGAAGUUCAGUAUGCUACGGGCGAUAACAUUUCGUAUCAAGUGCAAGAAUCUGUACAGAAGGCUCGGUUCCAAGUGAAGGCGAAGCAAGAGAACGUUUCUGGAGUAUUUUUGCCCACAUUUGAAAGUCAUAUUAAUGAAGAAAUCAACGAUUUCAAAUUGACCGGAUUGGGCCGUGGAGGACAACAGGUUCAAAAAGCCAAGGCUGUGUACACUCGUGCGGUAGAAACGUUGGUGGAGCUUGCUUCAUUGCAAACUGCAUUUAUAAUUUUGGACGAAGUUAUCAAGGUGACCAAUCGAAGAGUCAAUGCAAUUGAGCACGUAAUCAUCCCCAGAACAGAAAACACCAUCACUUACAUCAAUUCCGAACUCGACGAGUUGGACAGAGAAGAGUUCUACCGGUUGAAGAAGGUGCAGGAAAAGAAGCAGGAGGCUGCGGCCGCGGCCGAGGUGGAGGAGAGAGCCAAUGCUGUCAAAGAAGUGGAGGCGGUGGAGGAGCUCGAUGCCAAGGCUCAAGGCGAGGACUUGGUCAAGGACGACGAGGAUGAUGUGAUAUUUUAG